AGGGGUGGCGGAGGGGCUGCCCGGCGUGGCCGAAGCGCACGGGGCGGCGAUGCCUCCUGCCAGGGUAGCGCACAAGUGACCGGCGCCUCUUCCCAUGCCCGUCUCCUGAAGAGACCCCCCUCCCCCUCACGGCAUGGAUGUGGCCAACAACACUACCUCCCCAGAGCGCUCCCCCGAGGGGGCAGGCGGCCUCGCCGAGGUGACCCUGAGCUACCAGCUGCUCACCUCGCUGCUCCUGGGCACGCUCAUCCUGUGCGCCGUGAGCGGCAACGCCUGCGUGAUCGCGGCCAUCGCCCUGGAGCGCUCCCUGCAAACCGUGGCCAACUACCUGAUCGGCUCGCUGGCCGUCACCGACCUCAUGGUGUCCGUGCUGGUGUUGCCCAUGGCAGCCCUCUACCAGGUGCUGAACAAGUGGACGCUGGGGCAGGUCACCUGCGACAUCUUCAUCUCGCUGGACGUGCUGUGCUGCACCUCUUCCAUCCUGCACCUGUGCGCCAUCGCCUUGGACAGGUACUGGGCCAUCACGGACCCCAUCGACUAUGUCAACAAGAGGACUCCCCGGCGGGCGGCCGUGCUCAUCAGCCUGACCUGGCUCAUCGGCUUCUUGAUAUCCAUCCCGCCCAUGCUGGGCUGGAGGACGCCCGAGGACCGCUCGGACCCCGACGCCUGCACCAUCAGCAAGGACCACGGGUACACCAUCUACUCCACCUUCGGCGCCUUCUACAUCCCGCUCCUCCUCAUGCUGGUGCUCUACGGCCGCAUCUUCAAGGCGGCCCGCUUCAGGAUCCGCAAGACCGUCAAGAAAGCGGAGAAGAAGAAAGUAGCCGACACCUGCCUCGCUCUCUCCCCGGCCGUCGUGCCCGGGAAAAGCAACGGGGAGCCCGGCAAGGGCUGGCGGCGGACAGUGGAGCCCAAGCCCGGUGCCUGCGUCAACGGAGCCGUGCGGCAGGGCGAGGACGGGGCCGCCCUGGAGGUCAUCGAGGUCCAGCGCUGCAACAGCUCCUCCAAGACUCACCUGCCGCUGCCCAGCGAGGCGUGCGGCUCCCCGCCGCCCCCCUCCUUCGAGAGGCGCAACGAGAAGAACACGGAGGCCAAGCGGAGGAUGGCUCUGUCCCGGGAGAGGAAGACUGUCAAGACCCUGGGCAUCAUUAUGGGCACCUUCAUCCUUUGCUGGCUGCCGUUCUUCAUCGUGGCGCUGGUUCUGCCCUUUUGUGACAGUAAGUGCUACAUGCCCGAGUGGCUGGGGGCAGUCAUCAACUGGCUGGGCUACUCCAAUUCCCUCCUCAACCCCAUCAUCUAUGCCUAUUUCAACAAAGACUUCCAAAGUGCUUUUAAGAAAAUUAUCAAGUGCAAAUUUUGCAGGCAGUGAAGCCGCCGCUCCUGGACGGGGCAGCGGACACACCUGCCACUCGCUCCACCGCCUGCCCCGCGCCGUGCCCCCUUCCCAGCCCCUCUCCAGCACCGGCACAACAGCGGGGAGCCCCGAAUCCCUUCGCUCCUCCGCCCGUCGGACGAGGA